GUCGGAAGAAAAUACGAGGAAAUCGAGAACAUUAAGGUAAGUGUCAGGUGAUGCGCUCUUCAUCAUUAAGCUUUUUUGACCUCAUAACUCAGAAAUAUCAGCUAACCCUGUUUUAUUCCUCCACUUAAUUUAAUCCGCUGAGUGUUCAGUUACUUUGUUCCACGUCACUUACAUGUGUCGUAGCGCUUUGAAAACUUUUGCAGCAUACUUAUAUAGCGGAAAGCGAGGUAACAUAUUUAUUAGAAUCUCACUAGUCAUGUAUUCAAGUUUACAUCGACGAAGCGUUGCACACCAUGCAUAAGGAGCUCGGGAAUUCUGUCAGUUGGAACUUGCGACCAUUUUGAUCUUCAAAUGGAAAGAAAUUGGAAAAACAGAGACCUUUUGCUUCAAAUUCUUAAUGCAUUAUUUUUGUUAUUGUUUGUUUUGAUUCACUGUGUGUCACCAUGUUAUUUUCAUUAUGAUACGUCUCACCUUUUUUAAUAAUUUUGUUCUGUUUUGCUUUGUCUCCUCAGACCUCUUUUGAAUAAUUUAGUGCUUUUUAGCCUGGAAAAAUUAAACCAGGCAAAAUAGUCUACCCAACACAUUUUUUUAAUAUGCUUGCUAGAUCAAGCAAACACCAAAAAUGCUAAAGAAAAUAACAGAAAGGCCAUCAACAUUGAGUUGGUCUUAAACCCAGCAUGUUGCCAUUGUAACACAAUUAAUAAUCUUAUCUUGAGGAACCCAUCUAAUAGAGUCUUGUUGCCAAGAAUCAAACAUUUCUGAUACAAAUUGGUUUAGAUAUCUUGCAGUCAUCUAUUUGGUUGAGUAUAUGACAUCAUCAUUCAAAAUGGCUAAGGUUGGACAGUUGCAAAUUUGAUUAUAGUAGCACUUUAAAAAUGUCUUUCAAAAUUGUUUUCUCUUGUUCCAUUCUUCUCAAUUUUUACUUCACUGAGUAGGAUUGUAUUUAUCCAACAAUGUACUUGUGGUGAAAUGAUAAAAUAAAAUGCAUGAUAGAUUCACCUCUUAAAAACCAGAAUUUAGUUUUAAACUUUGUUUAAAUUUCCUUUAUGAUUUGAACAGAUAGCAAAGGUGUUCCUUUCUUGACAAUAUUCCAAAAAGGGAGGACUGUUCUGGAGAAAAAGGUUCUUAAAUACCACUCAGACAUGGAACUUACAGAUGCUGAGGAGAAAGCUGUGAUACAUCUUUUUUGCAUGAUAAAUACUGAUCUACAUGUGAAAUUAGAUGAAGUUACAAGAAUGCAGGCUGCAAAUGAGUUCAAGAGGAAUGUUUCAAUUGCACACAACAUUCUUGGACCUCUUACUGGAGAGUGUAAAUAUUGUAAAUGAUUCCCAUGAAGCUGAAAUGUCUAAUUUCAAGAAAAGCUGUCAGAAAUCCUCAUGCCGGAGUUGUAAGGUGAUAUUGACAGCAUAUGCUUGUGGUCUGGAGGGCCUUUGUAUGGGUAAGUGGUGAUGGUCAUUUGUUUCUCAUAAAUGGGUCAUUCUGAAAAAUGAAAAUGGUACUUUACAUGUCAGUAGCUGGUUCGCAGCUUGAUACUAUUAACCCUCGGAAGUACAAAGCACAUGGGGGGGGGGGGGUUGAGGUGGAUGCCCUCUCCCCCAUCCUCUCCCCCAUCCUCCAAAGGAAAUUUCAAAAAGAGGAUUUUCGCUAUAAUACUGAAUCUUUCUUUAGCUGUUCAUUCAUCCUUUGCAGAAUUUUUGAUUAGUCAAAUGGUGUCCAUGAUGAAUGGCACUUCCAUGACAACCCUCUAAUUACAUGUAUGUCAUGCAAAAAAUCAACUGUUUUGACAUAAUUCUCUAUUCCAAACAUAACUAAUCAAUGAUCAAUGACAUAAAUGGGUAAUUAAUGAGUAAACAACUGAUUACUCUUUGAGUAUUGCUAGUAUUCAAUGAGUAAUCAGUGAGUAAUUGAACACCAAAGUUUUGUGGAGCAUCAAUUACUCAUUUAUCCAUUGAUUUAUCCAUUGAUUUGAAAACAUUUUAACAUAUGUCUAAUACUAUUGUCUGGUAAUUUGUGAAGGGGGUUUCUGACACUAUAUCUGUUGCGACGGUAAUGAUUUUAUACUGUGAAAAGAGCCCUCAAAACUCAGCUUUUACACAAUACCUCAAAAAGCAAUUUAGCGACCUGCCAUUGUUUCCCCAAUUUUUGAAAGCCCUUCAGAUUUUCUGUUGUCUUUUGUGAAGAAAAAGUCCCUGAAAAACCUGAAUUUUGUAUGUGAUUUGUAAGCACAACUUGGGAUCAGUGCACACACAUUAGCAAAAUGGCAGCUUUUCUCUGAUACAGUUUGGCUGUUAAUGGAGAUAUAUUGCGGUUUGUUGUUAAAAAAAGCAUUUUGAUGAAUAUUUGUUAUUGCACAAUAAUGGUGCAUUAAUCUUUCUCAUUUUGUUAAGAAAUUUAAAAUAAAUUAAUGGCUUUUGUUCAGACAGGCAUAUAGACAUAGCUGUCAUGAGUGGGAAAUAAUAAUGUGAAAGAUGUGAUAUCAUCAACAUGUCAUGACUGUGGCACAAAGGAAGGUCUGAGUCUAUAAUGGGAGUCAAAUCUAUGACCUCCCAAACACCAGGCAUGUAUGAUUUAUUAAUUAUCACAUCUUUCACAUGACACUGAACUCGUUAGAAUGUGUUAUGAAAAUGAAUUUGAAAAAAAUUAUAUAUUUGCUACAAAUGCUGUUCCUUUCGCAGUUGCUUGCGAUGAAGGUAAUGAUACAUUCAACAAUGGCAAAGAGUCACCUGGAACAGGAACAAGUAUAGAGGGUGAACAUGACGAUAAAAAAGUGUGCAGCACGUUUGAGCAGACAAUUUCUGCUACAAUUACUUUUUACCAAUUCAAGAGGUAGGCUCUGUAACUCUUUCUAUGAUCUCAAGACUUUCCUACCGUUCCAACUCUUGUUUCACCUUCCGUAGGUACUCGUUAAGGAGGAUGGACCACUUGCUCAGCAUUUUCUUCAAUAUCCAGCUUGUACUGGCGCUUCAAUUUUCCAGUGCCUUGAAACACAUCAGGGUACUCCUUCAAGACUUCUUCCAUUGAAACGGGGCACUGUCUACUGCGCUGAACCUCUAUAUUGACGGCUAUAACAUUUUUGUGUUGCACCCUGACCAAAUCCAUCUGCUGCAUCGUUGAAUUUCCAAGCAUUAAGUGUAUAUUGUUACAGGUGUGAUGUUGUAACGAUUUGUCUAUACGACGUGUCAAUCAAAUGCUCGCUAACCAAAAGGUUUCAAUCACCAAUGAUUGUGUAAUAAGAUAAAUAAAAAAGUGCAAUAAUGUUCUAUUAUCAAACAAAUCGAAAUCAAACGAUCGGGUUUGAUUGAUUUUUUGUUCGGUUUUGUUAGAUUGACCACGCAGGUUUUAAAAUGCGUAUGUGAUUUUUCGCCUGGUGAGUCAAGAUAAACAGGAAAUGCAAUGGUAGUAUUUAAUAAUAUAAAAUUCGGUUUACACUUCUUUAAUACCUAGAUUUAUAAUCAGGGACUACUUUUUAUUACUUUUACAGGUAAACAGAGAACAAUGAAAUCUUCACAAAGAGUUGAGCUGAAUUACAGAGAGAGUGAUGAGGUUACAACUAAG